AUGGAUAGCAUUGCAGUUUUACUCCAACACAAUGGCCAAUGGGAUCAAAACAAAAACUAUAUCAACUUUGAUGUUUGUGGAAUAGUAAUUAGAAAUGACUGCAACUACAACAACUUGAUUGGUAUGAUAUGCAAUGAAUUGAAGCUGCAACUUGAUUCUACACUUUUGACAAUACAGUAUCAAGUUAAAGAUGGAUACCCUCCUUUAAAAAUAGUUGAUGACUCACAAUUGAAGUUCUACAUAGAGUUGAAGAAAAAGGAAACAAAUAUCACAAAAUACCCUUUGUGUCUCACAAUUGAAUUCAACUCAAUUCAGCAAUCUUUUUUCUCAACUAGGAGUACAACAACACAUAAUCAACCAUGCAAUGAAGUUGCACAAACAGAAGAAGUAGCAUCAAAUUCAGAUGAUGAACCAGUUGAUUAUUUGGUUGCUAAAGAGGUUGCAGACUUUAUUGAUUAUGCAGAGCUGGUGUCCAAUCAGAUUAUAGAAAUGAUAGAUGAAAGAAACAGAAAUAAUGAAGAAGAAGUGAUCGACAUCGACGAUGAUUUAGUCAUCACCAACAACCGUCACCAAGAGAUUGCUUUGUCUCAAAUAUAUAAGGACAAAGAAACAUUGAAGACUGUUUUGAGCCAUUAUGCGAUAAAUAAUCAUUUCCAGUAUUGUGUACAAAAGUCAUGCAAAAAGGAAUAUCUAGUUGCUUGCCUUGAUAAAAAUUGCAAGUGGAUGUUACGAGCAUCAAGGAAUGGAAACACAAAUAAGUUCAUAAUUAGAAAGUUCAGCCACAUUCACACUUGUGCUUUGGAGAUAAGAUUAAAAGACCAACGUCAAGCAACCACGACAAUCAUUGCAGAUAUGAUCAAACACAAGUUCACAAACAUCAAAACAAAGUACACAGCUGCUGAUAUAGUUAGGGACUUGAAACAUGAUCAUGAAGUGCAAGUCAAAUAUAGCAAAGCUUGGAGAUCUAGAGGAAAAGCUAUUGAAAAAGUUAGAGGAAAAGCAGCUGAAUCUUAUGCAGAAUUGCCUAGUUAUCUGUAUAUGUUGCAUCACACAAAUCCAGGAUCCUAUAUUGAACUAAAAUCAGAUGAAAAUGGGAUGUUUUUAUAUGCUUUUGUAGCAUUGAAUGCUUCAAUGAAAGGCUGGCCCCAUUGCAUACCUGUUGUAAUAGUUGAUGGGACUUUCUUAAAAUCAACAUAUGGAAGGACAUUAUUGGUUGCAGCAACUCAAGAUGCUGAAGGUAAAAUCUUCCCCCUAGCAUUCUGUGUAGUUGAUUCAGAGAAUGAUAAUUCUUGGGAGUGGUUCUUUGACAAGUUUAGGAAAUCUUAUGGUGUAAGAGAAGACAUGAGCAUCGUUUCUGACCGACAUGAAAGUAUUAUAAAAGCAAUCAACACAGUGUACCCAGAAGUACCACAUGGGGCUUGCACCUUCCAUCUGCUCAAAAACAUGAAAAGCAAUUUCAAGAAGAGUUCAAAAAAGUUCAAGGAUACAUUUUUUGCAGCUGCGAAUGCAUACACUGUGAAAAAGUUUGAGUACAAGAUGAGAGAACUUGAUAAGAUUGACAAAAGGCUGCGACCUUACCUACAACAAAUUGGGUAUCACAAAUGGGCAAUGAUUCACUCUCCAACCAAUAGAUACUCAAACAUGACAUCAAACAUUGCAGAAUCUUUGAAUUCUGCAAUUGUAGCAGUAAGAGAGCUACCAAUUUGUACGAUGCUAGAGUGUUUACGAGCUUUGGUGCAACGAUGGAGUUGGACUAAUAGGAACAUAGCAAAUGCAACCUCCACAAAGUUGACAGACAAGCAUGAAGUGAUCCUGAAUGACAACUACAUUUACUCAUUGAAGUUAACGGUGCACCCAACAAAUCAUAUUGUGUAUGAAGUUCAUGAUGAUGGCAAGAAAUUAAUAGUUGAUCUCAAUUCAAGAACAUGCACAUGCAACAGGUUGCUUUACAAGUUGCUUGAAGGGUUUCAAAUGGAUCAACUUCCUUGUGCCCAUGCAAUUGCUGUUUUUAAAGAAAUGAAUCAAGACCCUUAUCAAUAUUGUUCGCCAUUUUACACCAAGGAAGCCAUGGUUGCAACUUACAAAGAAAGUAUAUACCCACUUGGCAAUGAAGACACUUGGCAAAUACCUGAACAUAUCAAAGCUGUGAAAAUACACCCUCCAGAAGGAAAAAUAAGAUCAUAUAGAAUUGCUCACAAGGAGGCAUUAUAUGUUAAUUUUGGAGAUUAUGAGUUUCUUUAG